AGUAAGGAAGGAGCAGACAGAGAGAUAGCAGAUGGUGUUCAGGUCUUCACCGCUCUGAAGGAGUCUGCUGAGAGAAGCCAGGCCGAGGUCAUCGACACGAUCAAAGAGAAGCAGAGAGAGACAGAGGAACAGGCUGAAGGCUUCAUCAAAGAGCUGGAACAGGAAAUCUCUGAGCUGAAGAAGAGAAGCUCUGAGGUGGAGCAGCUCUCACGCUCUGAAGGUCAGCUCCACCUCCUCCAAAGCUUCACGUCCCUGAACGCUGCUCCACCCACCAAGAACUGGACAGAAGUCAGGGUCCGUCCACCUUCAUGUGAGGGGACUGUGGUGAGAGCUGGGACUCAGCUGGAGGAGACGCUCAGUAAACAGAUGAAGAAGCUGCUCUCUGAGGUGGAGCUGAAGAGGGUCCAGCAGUAUGAGGUGGAGGUGACUCUUGAUCCUGAUACAGCACAACCCUAUCUCAUCCUGUCUGAUGAUGGAAAACAAGUUAAACAUGGUGAUGUGAGAAAGAAUCUCCCAGACAAUCCAGAGAGAUUUGAUUCUUGUGCUAGUGUCUUAGCAAAGCAGAGUUUCUCUUCAGGAAGAUUUUAUUGCGAGGUUCAGGUUAAAGGGAAGACUGAGUGGUAUUUAGGAGUGGCCAGAGAGUCGAUCAACAGGAAGGGACAGAUCUCACUGUCUCCUCAGAAAGGUUACUGGGUGAUAGUGUUGAGGAAUGAAAAUGAGUACAAAGCUUGUGCUGGUCCUGCAGUCCGUCUCUCUCUGAAGUCUCAGCCUCAGAAGGUGGGGGUGUUUGUGGAUUAUGAGGAGGGUCUGGUCUCCUUUUAUGAUGUUGAUGCUGCAGCUCUGAUCUACUCCUUCACUGGCUGCUGCUUCAAAGAGAAACUCAACCCAUUAUUUAGUCCUUGUCCUAACUAUGGUGGUAAAAACUCUGGCCCUCUGAUCAUCUCUCCUGUCAAUCACACUGAGUAGAACAACCAUUUGAUGUUUCACACGGGGUUCGCUAUCAUUUCAUGUGAUAAAUGUAUGUCUUUUGGGGGGAUGCCCCCUCUAUACAUUGUUAUACCAGAUUUUUUAUAAAAAAUACAUUAUUUUCUUUUCUGUUAAUGUUUUUUUCUUUGAUGUGUCACAUUGUUACAAACAACAUGAAACCAAUCAACUGCGAUGAUUCAAAUGAUCUCUUAAAAUCUUUUAAACUGUAUCAACUUCCUUCAGGACUGUAAAAUCCAACGUACGACAUACAAGCGUUUGUACUUUCAUGAAUGUCUAUGUUUCAGAGACAACAGUAUUUGUCUUAUCCUUGUUUAAAUGAAUAUUUAGCAAAACAGCAUUUUU